AUGCAUCCAAUUACCCUAUCAUCACAAAUAUUUUAUGUCAAAAUCUUGCACUUCAACCAAAAUGCCGGGUUUAAUCGGAAUCAUAAUAAAUUCUACACCAAGAUUUCGGCAUUGAAAAAAGACGAAUUUGACGGAAAAUUGAUCGACGAGAACAUGUUUCUUCUGAGAAAAAGGAUUCAAGAGAUGAAGAUUAUGGAGAGGAAUAGUGAAGCCCCAUCUGAUUGGAUGGAGUGGGAGAAGAAAUAUUAUGCACACUAUAAUUCAGAUGUAUGUGAAGCAGUUGGGAUUUUGCAGUCUGUAUUGAUGAACACUAGGCCUAGCUUUGCAUUGGCAAUGGUUUUUCUUUUCAUGUUGAGUAUGCCAACCUCAUUAAUGAUCAUUAUGUGCAACUUGUGGGGAUGGAGUAAUGGAUUCUUUAUGUGA